AUGUCAGAGCAGGCCGAGCGAGCGACCGACGCGGUGGGAGCGCCCUCCGACUCUGACGACUCCGCGUCGGACGCCGAGGUCAUCGAGCUCGACACCGCCGCUCCGUCCCUCCUCGAGGACGGAGCGAGCGGGCCGGCCUCGGCCGCCGCCGCACCGCCGCUCCUGCAGCAGUGGGGCUGGACGCGGGACGGCGCGCUCUCUGGGUACGUCUUCGGGCGGGAGGGCUUCCGGCAGGGCGAGCUGAUGACCACGUCCACCAUCGUCGCUGCCGGGGACCCGCCGACGCCGCUGCACUCCCACCCGGCGCUGUGCGAGGGCGAUGCGGCCGUCACCAAGUCUGGCUCGACGUACCUUCUCGGCGUGCCUCGGCACGAGCUCGGCGCCGCCUCCUCCGCCGCCGAGGCCGUCCCCGACGGAGGAGCGGCGGCCGCGCGCUGCGGCGCGGACGUGCGGCGCUCCGGCAGAGCCAAGCUCGCGGCGUCGCCCCUCGACACCUUUGGGUGCGGACUGAGGUCUGUGCCGGGCACCGCCGCCAUCGCCGCCCUCGCCGCCGAGUCGAUGUAUGUGAGCGUUGGCGGCGUCGAGAACGGCAGAGCCGCCUCAGAGCGGGUGGCAGCGUGCAUCGCUGAGGUGCACGAGGGAAGCGGCGUCCUCGAGGCGCCACUCGAAGCGAAGUAG